CAUGUCAUAAAUAUCUUUCGAUCUAAUUCUAGUAAGGCUUUGGAUUGCUCACCAUGGAUGGGGACUAGAGCCGGAAGCGGAUUUGUCAGAGCAAACGACCCUCAGCACGCCUCUCUAGCAUGGCCCCCACGGCGGGAAUGAUCUGUUUCCUAUUACCUCCACUAGAAUGCUCCACUCAAGGACCACACAGACCAACCACAUACCCCUCUUUUGUCAGCUGGAUGCGUACGUGGAUCAGGUUCGGAACAAAGCAGACAACGGGAAUGAUUGGCAUCUUCUUCCCCAUGGAAUGGACUGUAAUCUGCCAGUGCGCAUUCCAAACUUUCCGGCAGGUGUGUUCCGGUCGAGGGGCGCUCUCCAACUUCCAUGAGGGUCUACCAUUCGAGUCUGUAGUACCGUUCAAUGAAAUGUUUGGGACAUCCAAGCAGUGCAGAGUCACGAAAACACCUGCGAUAGGUCGUUUCUGCGUGUCGAGUACUUGCACAGUGAUUUGCAUAGCUGGCGAAUUGUGACUUGCUGUACGUAGGCGAUGUUGGAAUCUUUCCAAGCACAUGGCACUGGGUCCUUUUGUACUCCAUCAUGGCUAUGAAUAUAUUCAAGCUAAGUGAAGCACGUCGCAUGAAUGGUUCGAAGAAACCAAUGUGAUCAUUUAUUCU